AUGGAGAAGUCCGCGCUCAAGGCAUGGGAACUCGACAACAACGUCAAGCUCGUCGACCCCAAGCGCGAUGCCCUGUACAACUACGACGUCGGGGCGCAAAAGGCCGCCGACGCCGCCAAGCCGUGGGCAAGAGACCCAAACUACUUCAAGCACGUCCGCAUCAGCGCCGUCGCCCUCAUCAAGAUGACCAUGCACGCCCGAUCCGGCGGCGACCUCGAGAUCAUGGGCCUCAUGCAGGGCUACGUGACAGACGAAACCUUCAUCGUCACCGACGCUUUCCGCCUGCCUGUUGAGGGCACCGAGACGCGCGUCAACGCCCAGAGCGACGCCAACGAAUACAUGGCCCAGUACCUGGAGCUGUGCCGCGCCCAAGGCCGCCAGGAAAACGUCGUGGGCUGGUACCACAGCCAUCCCGGCUACGGCUGCUGGCUAAGCGGCAUCGACGUCGAAACCGAGGCCAUGCAGCAGCAGUUCACCGACCCCUUCCUCGCCGUCGUCAUCGACCCACAUCGCACCAUCAACGCCGGCAAGGUCGACAUCGGCGCCUUCCGCACCUAUCCCAAGGACUACAAGCCCGCCUCAUCGGAUGCCGGCGGCGACGGUGCUGGCACUGUGCCCUUGGCCAAGGCGGCCGAGUUUGGCGCCCACGCCAACCGCUACUACAGCCUCGAGGUUUCGCACUUCAAGAGCACGCUCGACGCCCACCUGCUCGAGCUCAUGUGGCACAAGUACUGGGUGCAGACGCUGAGCCAGAGCCCGCUUCUCACCAACCGCGAUUUCGGGAGCAACCAGAUGCUCGACCUGAGCUUCAAGAUCAAGGAGACGACUGCAGCCUUGACGCGAUCUCGUGGCUCCCAGAGUUCCCUGCUGCAUGCCUUCACCGGCGGUGCCGCCACCACCAGCGCCAAGGCCGCCGACAAGGCGCUCGACAAGCUGACGCAGGAUAGCAGCCUGAUUGCCGCCAAGGAGAAGGCGGGCCUGGUUGCCGGCGAGGUCAAGGCCAACAUAUUCAAUGAUUUGGUAUCACGGUCGUCCUAG